ACGCAUCGUCGUCCUCGGAGCUCCUCAACAAACGAACGUCUUCUGAUAUCGGUUUCGCAUCGCCCUCGCCUUCCUUCUCGUCCGACGGAUCGUCGCGUCCAAACGCUCUUCCCGGGAACCAGCGACGGAUAAGUAGGGAGUUCUCUCUCGCUCUCUCGCUCUCCAUGGCGCCGAAUUUCGCUAAGAAGGAAUACCAGUUCCUUAGGGAGUUAGGGCUGGCGCCCCGGAAUCAAGGGUGCUACGGUAGCGGAGUCUGGAGGGGGCAUGGCCCCACCGUCACGUCCAUCAAUCCCGCGAACAACCAGCCUAUAGCAGAGGUGGUGGAGGCUUCAAUUGAAGACUACGAAGAGAGCAUGGUGGCUUGCGCCGAAGCUGCGAAGUUGUGGAUGCAAAUUCCAGCACCAAAGCGUGGAGAGAUUGUGAGACAAAUUGGUGAUGCCCUGCGUACCAAAGUGCAGCAUCUUGGUAGGCUGGUCUCACUUGAGAUGGGGAAAAUACUUCCUGAAGGAAUAGGGGAGGUUCAAGAAAUCAUUGACAUGUGUGAUUAUGCGGUUGGAUUAAGUCGACAACUGAAUGGAUCAAUCAUUCCUUCAGAACGUCCAAACCACAUGAUGAUGGAGGUCUGGAAUCCUCUUGGGGUAGUUGGGGUAAUUACAGCGUUUAAUUUUCCAUGUGCUGUUCUUGGAUGGAAUGCUUGUAUUGCUUUAGUUUGUGGGAAUACUGUUGUUUGGAAAGGUGCUCCGACUACGCCCUUGAUCACUAUUGCAAUGACCAAUUUGGUUGCGGAAGUGCUUGAAAAGAAUAACCUACCAGGUGCAAUUUUUACAACUUUCUGUGGUGGUGCUGAAAUUGGGCAAGCGAUAGCUCAUGAUACACGAAUUCCCUUAGUCUCAUUCACUGGAAGUUCCAAGGUAGGGCAAUUUGUUCAGCAAACUGUUAACAGGAGAUUUGGCAAAUGCUUGCUUGAACUAAGUGGAAAUAACGCAAUAAUUGUCAUGGAUGAUGCUGACAUUCAGCUAGCAGUUCGUUCUGUUUUAUUUGCAGCCGUUGGAACUGCAGGACAGCGGUGCACAACAUGUCGUAGGCUGCUUCUUCAUGAAACUAUUUAUCAGACUGUGUUGGAUCAGCUGGUUGAAGCAUACAAACAGGUGAAGGUGGGGGAUCCAUUGGAAAAAGCCACCUUGCUUGGGCCGCUUCAUACUCCUGCUUCAAAAGUGAACUUUGAGAAAGGCAUUGAUAUCAUCAAAUCUCAGGGUGGAAAGAUUCUAACUGGAGGAUCAAGUAUCGAAAGUGAAGGCAACUUUGUCCAACCCACAAUUGUUGAGAUUUCUCCUGAUGCACCUAUAGUUAAAGAAGAAUUGUUUGGUCCUGUGCUCUACGUUUUGAAGUUUCAGACGCUUAAAGAAGCUAUAGAAAUAAACAAUUCAGUACCACAAGGUUUGAGUAGUUCAAUUUUCACACGAAGACCAGAAGUUAUCUUCAGAUGGAUCGGACCGCUUGGGAGUGACUGUGGUAUAGUGAAUGUGAAUAUACCUACUAAUGGUGCUGAAAUUGGAGGUGCUUUUGGUGGUGAAAAAGCAACUGGUGGUGGUCGUGAGGCUGGAAGUGACUCCUGGAAGCAAUACAUGCGCCGGUCUACAUGUACAAUCAACUAUGGAAGUGAACUACCUCUAGCACAGGGAAUUAAUUUUGGCUAGGGCAUCUCAAGGUGGCAAGGUUACUGGUUGACCCACCAAGAUGAGCGUGAUGUUUUCUCUACAUUUAAGCCAUCCACAUGUUACGAUACUAUCUUAUUGGUUACUCCUUCAUAGAUCUAUCUUGCAUCAUAGACCUGUAUAUUUGGUGCAUCAUUUGGACGUCUAGGCUGGAAUGUAGAGGUAUGAGUAAGGCCUGUCCUGAUGAGUUAUAUUUGGGAAGAAAAUUUUCUUGAAUUUUUUGCCCGAACUCAUCUUGCUUCAAUGCAUUGAACUCGAACAAACUACUAAGCUGAAUGUACAAUUGAUGAAGUGUAACCCUGUAAGGCUCCAGAAUUAUAAAUUUGUCUCUUUUCCAACUUCGAAAAUA